CCAGGUUGUUGCCUGACGUCUGAGCGAGCAUUAUACAUGAGGAUAUCUGCAGAGGGAAGUCCAUCAUAGACAUGAAAAUAGAAGCCAGGCGUGUUUGAGGCUUUGGAAACAUGUCCAAGAAAAGGGCCAGGAAGCGAAGCAGCGGUGAACUGAGCGACAGUCUCACUCCAGAUCCUAACAACCUGCUGGGCCGCCGGAUCCAACACAGCUGGAGGGAGAAAGGUGCGCUGACCAAGUGGAAGGGCACCGUUCUGGACCGGCUCAGCGUCAACUCCUCGCUCUUCAUGGUCAAAUACGACGGCUUCGACUGCGUUUACGGCAUCGAGCUCUUUAAGGACGAGAGGGUCUCAAACCUGCAGGUUCUCAACGAGAAAGUGGUAAACAAUAAGAUCAAGGUUCCUCAUGACGCAGAGGAGCUGGUGGGCAAAGCAGUGGAGCAUCUGUUUGAGAAGGAGGACGGAGAGAAGAACGAGUGGCGAGGGAUGGUCCUGUCCCGAGCGCCCAUCAUGACCAACUGGUACUACAUCACAUACGAGAAAGACCCCGUCCUAUACAUGUACCAGCUCUGGGACGACUACAAAGAUGGAGACCUGCGGAUCUUACCUGAAGCUGAGAACAAACACCUGCUGCCUGCAGACAGGAAGCCCGGCGAGGAAACAGAGAGCCUUGUGGGUAAACAGGUGGAGUAUGUGACAGAUAAAGGCGUCAAGAGAACAGGCCUCGUCAUCUAUCAAGUUCCUGCCAAACCGUCUGUCUAUUAUAUCAAAUACGAUGACGAUUUCCACAUCCACGUGUACGACCUGGUCAAAACCACCUAAAAGACCCAAACCAAGACCAAACCCAAACAAACCUACACUGCUUCACUCCUCCAUAGCUUAAAUAUCAUCGCGUUUCAUUGUACAGUUUGCUGUGAAGGACUGAUCGCGGAGCUACUGGAUGAAGCAUUUGUGUACAGGGUUUGUUUGUUUUUUUUUUUUUGUCUUACUAUCACUGUCAACAGCUUAGGAGACGGUUUUUGAAGCGGUGUAUUUAUACAUGUGCAUCUUUUGGUAUGUCUUUAAUCCCACAGAGUAACAUUGAUUCGCCCACAGACAGUAGAAACGGUCAAUCUCGUCGCAUUUCGAGAUUCACGUAUGAACAUUCAGUCUAAUUAGUGGUUUUGAAUUGUUGUGAAAAUGUUGACAAAUGGUGACAUUGUGUAUAUAUAUAUGAUGCACAUGUAUAUAUAUUUAUUUAUACAUGCGUAUCAUUUGGUAUGUCUAUAAUCCCAUUGAAUAACACUGACCGUUUCUAUUGUUUGAGGGUGAAUCAAUCUCGUUGCAUCAUCGAGAUUUACGUAUGAACAGUCAGUCUCAUAAGAGGUUUUUAAAAUGUUGACAAAUGGUGACAUUGUAUAUAUACAUGACACACGUGUUUAUAUAGUUUCAUUAUAUACAUGCACAUCAUUUGGUAUGUCUAUAAUCCCAUACAAUAACUCUGAUUCGCUCACAAACAAUAGAAACGUUCAAUCUCGUUGCAUUUCCGAAGUUUACGUUUGAACAUUCAGUCUCAAGGUUUUUAAAAUGUUGACAAAUGGUAACAUUGUAUAUAUACGUGACACACGUGUUUAUAUAGUUUCAUUAUAUACAUGCACAUCAUUUGGUAUGUCUAUAAUUCCAUACAAUAACACUGAUUCGCUCGCAAACAAUAGAAAUGUUCAAUCUCGUUGCAUUUCCAAAGUUUACGUUUGAACAUUCAGUCUCAAACAAGGUUUUGAAAAUGUUGACAUAUGGUGACAUUGUGUAUAUAUACAUGAUGCACAUGUAAAUAUAUAGUUUAUUAUAUACAUGUGCAUUAUUUAAUAUGUCUAUAAUCCCAUUGAAUAACGUUGAGUUGCCCGCAAACAAUAGAAACGGUUGAGGUUACGUAUAAACAUUCUCAUUAAAGGUUUUGAAUUGUUUUAAAAAUGGUGACAUUGUAUAUAUCAGGAUGCACGUGUGUGUGUGUAUAUAUAGUUUAUUAUAUACAUGUGCAUAAUUUCCCUACUGAAAAAACCAGCCUAGGCUGGUUGUAGCUGGUUGACCAGCCUGGUUUUAGAGGGGUUUUGGCCAUUUCCAGGCUGGUUUCCCGCCAUUUCCAGCCUAGUCUUAGCUGGUCAGGCUGGAAAAUGACCAGCUAAAACCAGCUUGACCAGCCUAGCCAGGCUGUGAGCCCAGCCAAAACCAGCUAUGUCCAGCUUAAACCAGGCUGGUCAAGUUGGUUUUAGCUGGUCAUUUUCCAGCCUGACUAGCUAAGACCAGGCUGGAAAUGGCCAAACCCCUCUAAAAGCCAGGCUGGUCAACCAGCUAAAACCAGCCAACCAGCCUAGGCUGGUUUAAGCUGGAUUUUUCAGCAGGGUUGGUAUAUUUAUAAUCCCACAGAGUAACAGUGAUUCACCCACAAACAACAGAAACGGUCAAUCUCGUCGUAUUUCCACAGUUUACGUAUGAAUAUUACGUAUCUCAUAAGAGGUUUUGAAAAUGUUGGCGAAUGGUGACAUUGUGUAUAUAUACAUGAUGCACAUGUAUAUAUAUUUAUUAUUUUAUACAUGUGUAUCAUUUGGUAUGUUUAUAAUCACAUAGAGUAACACGAUUCUCCACCAAAAACAGCGAAAAAGGUCAAUCUUGUCGCAUUUUCGAGAUAUAAAUAGCCUGUGUUAACGAUUGGUCUUGUGAGAUGUUUUAAAUCGUAGAUAGUUCUGAUUUAAAAUGGUAAGACUGUUUAUAUGUGAUGCACAUGUCCAAAUUGUUUGUUUAUAUAUACAUAUGCAUCAUUUUGUAUGUUUAUAAUCCCAUAGAACGACGUUAAUUCACCUACAAACAAUAGAAACAAAUAAUCCUGUUGCAUUUCCGAGAUAUACGUAUAGAUGAACGGUCAGCCUUUUAGAAGGUUUUGAAAAUGGUGACAUGUAAAAUGGUGAGACUGUGUUUAUAUAUGAUGCGCAUGUGUUUAUAUAGUUUGUUUAUACAUGCGCAUCAUUUGGUAUGUUUAUAAUCCCAUAGAAUAACAUUGAUUCGGCCACAAAUAACGGAAACGGUCAAUCGUGUCGCAUUUUCGCAAUUUACAUAUAGAUGAACGUUCAAUCUAUUCAUAGGUUUUGAAAAUGUCGACAAACAAAAUGGUGAGACUGUUUAUACGUGAUGUGCAUGUUUAUAUAGUUUAUCUAUACAUGUGCAUCAUUGGCUAUGUUUAAAAAAAAAAAAACUAUUGAUUCACUCAAAAAACAUCGGAAAAGGUCAAUCUCAUUUUAUUUUCGAGAUUUCAGUAGCCUAUAAGAGGUUUCGAAUUGUAAAUAGUUAAAUGUUGACAAAUGUAGAAAACGUUGACAAAUAAAAUGGUGAGACUGGGUUUAUACAUGAUGCACAUGUGUAUAUAUAGUUAUUAUAUACAUUCGCAUCAUUUGAUAUGUUUAUAAUUCCAAUAACAUUGAUUCACCCACAAACAACGGAAAUUGUGAAUCUUGUUGCAUUUUCACGAUUUACCUAUAGAUAACAUGCAGUUUUAUUAUUUAGGAGGUUUCGAAAUGUUGACAAAUUAAGUGGUGAGACUGAGUUUAUAUUAGGGAUGGCUGAUGUGAAACUGACGUUUCGACACAGUGUCGAGAUCCCGAAGCACAAGUGUUUCGAAACACUGCACUGAAGCAUGGUCUGAAACACCCAGGUCACGUGACUAAAGCGUUUCCAAACACCUGGUCACGUGACUACAGCGAUUCAAAUCAUCAGGCCUUUCAGAAGCGUUUCGAGACCUGGCGAAUCUGCAUUUGACUGACAGUCGCUUAAGCUUCUGUUUUAUAUGGCCUAGUGGACCGUGUGUUUGCUUGUUGUUACUAUGCAUCAUAUAAUUUUGGGUUCGAAUCCCGACUUGUACAAAUAUUCCGAAAUCAUGAUUUUAUGUAUUUUAAUCAUGUUACUGUUUAUGGUGUAGUCUAGAUAGGAUACAGCUGAUACGCCAUCAGUUUAGCAACAUUUUUGUAACUGUAAAACAAUAAUUAAUAUUUUACAGCACUGUGAUGGUUGGGUUUAGGUUUUGGGUAGACGUUAAUAAAAUACAAUGGAAAAUGUAAUGAAUAAUAUAAAUAAUUCCUGUUAACUUCUGGCCACAACCAUCUCUGAUCUAGCAACAACCCUGUUUUAUGACCAAAACAAGCCCUAUUUAUUCAGUGUUCAUUCGGAUGUCAGACCAAUGUUCAAACAAAACGAUACAAGAAUAAAGCAUUUCAAACUGAUAUUAAAGCAUUUCAAAAUAGCUGUACUAGCCUGGAUUCGAACCCAUGUUCCCUGCGCGGGGAACCCUAACCACUCCACUAAAUCACUUGUUGAUUCGAUUCUACAAAGUGGGCUUUAAUACCUCAAUUUGCUCAACUGUUCUUUGCUGAAGCUGCUCCAGUGCAAUACAUAAAAAAUGACCACUAGGUGUCACCGUAGAGUGGGGUUUCGAAACGUUUGCUUCGACUGUUUCAGUGUUUCAUGAAGCCUCGCUUUGCCCACCACUGAUUUA